CAGUAAUCACAAAUUCACAAAAUUUUGUCACUUUAGUCGACAGUAGAGCUCAGUUCAGUAAUAAGUGUACUAUAUUCAUUAUUACCAGCGACUAGCUGUAUUGUUUUGAAUGUUUUUCUAUGUAAUUUUUAUUGCAUCCCAAGAAGUAAAUACAUUGUUAAUCAGAUUUAAAUGAAGUGAUUAAUAUUCAUAAGUGAUAUAUACGGAAAGUUUAACGUGUUUUAAUCUUUAUAAGUGUAAAUAAGAACAAUGAGUGAACCAGCGAAGCUUAACGGGAACUCUGACCCUUCUUUAUCGAAUGCGGGUGUUAUAGGCACAGGCGAAGUUCCUUCUUUCAGGAACCCCAUACCAUCAACUUCGUUUAUUAAUAACAACAUUGGAGCUCCCGUUCUACCACCACGACCUGACUUUAGCACUCAGCCUGGUUACGGCAUGAACUCGGGCUAUGGAUACGGUGGUAUGGGAGGAUCGUAUGGUAUGGGGUAUGGUGGGGCAGGAUAUGGAUACAAUGGAAUGGGGGCUGGCUACGGAAUGGGAAUGGGGAUGGGGAUGGGCAUGGGUGGUAUGAAUUCAUAUGGAGGAUAUAAUAGAUAUGGACCAAUGUAUGGAGAUAUUGAAAGCAGAUUUAUUCAAAUGGCAGAAGACAGUUCAAGGCCCGCAUUUGAUUCAAUACAAAGCGUUGUUAAUGCUGUCGGCAGUAUCGCUAUGAUGUUGGAAAACACAUUUUUCGCUUUAACUAGCUCAUUCCGAGCCAUUCUAGGUGUAGCGGAAAACUUUGGACGUUUGCGGUCAUUGUUUGCUCAGUUUUGGUCCACAUUUGCAGUUGUUAGAAGUCUUAAUUGGCUUGUAAGGAAGCUGCUUGUGUUGCUGGGUAUCAGAACUGAAAAUGAAUUUAAGGCCUGGGCCGAGGCGGUGGCGGCGUCACAGAACGGAUCGGCGUCCCCAGAACAGCGCGCCAAAGGCUCCAGCUGGCCUAUUCUUCUCUUCUUCGGAGUGAUAGCCGCUGCUCCAUAUAUUGUUCUUAAAAUGCUCAAUGGACUGUCGACGAGCAUUAACGAAAGACUGCAAGAUCCACACACAUGGCAGAAUCCACUGCGCGCAAUUGCCCAACACGACUUCCAAGCUACCUCACCCCAGGAGAUCAGCUUCAGCACCAAUCAAGUCCUUACUAUCGCACCGCAACACCUCCAGGGUAAUCUGUGGAACUCAGGCUGGCUGAUGGCAUCAUCAGAUAGACAAACAGCUGGAUUAGUCCCAGUCAAUUACAUAAAAGUUGUAAAACCGACAAAUCAAAGUGAAAAUGAUAAUAAUCAAAAUGUAAUCAGUAAACCAACAGAUAAUCCUGUUCCAGAGCAAUGCACGGCUGAAUUAGAAAAAUAUUACGGUCAGGAAUUAUAAUUAUUUAAAAAAUAUUUUCUAGACUGGCAACAUUAUUUUACGUCACUUUGGCACUAAACACAUUUCUGACGUUAGAAUCACAAUUCAGAUGUAUAUCCUAUUCCAAUGGAAGUAGGAAAAAAGGUAAACAAACCUAAGAUUUACGUUUUCCAUGCAAUUUA